AUGAGAGUUUUAGGAUUGCUAGCAUUGGUUUUAAUAGUAGGAUCAUAUAUAUAUUAUUGUUCAUGGUUAUUACUAAAACCAUUUCUGCCUGAAGAUCAUUAUUCGUAUUACUAUUUCCCAGAUUAGAAGUAUGUUUACUAUUUACCUUCUCUUUUUUUGCUUUUAAUAUUAGCUAUGGUAAUGUCUACUUUAGGAUAUAUUCUUAUAAAUUCUGAAGCAUUUAGCAAGCCUUAGGUGCCACCUUGGGUUAAGUAUGGUUAUCAAGGACCAAAAAUUUCGCAAUAGUGA